AUGAUGUCGCGCAACGAUGAUAAAGUCAACAGUGACGAUAAUUCAGUUGCUGUUAAUGCAGUUGUGAACUCCGGUGACUAUAGCACUAUGAAUAAUCCAAACACAAAAACAGCUAACGUGGCGAAAAGUACUUCCAACAAUUUGGAAAGAAAUAUUAUGGUACCGAAUAAUUCAAAAAUACCCGAGCCCAUACCUACAGUCCGCAAAAGUGUGGUAGCUAAAGCAAUAGAGUUUUUGGUACUCGAAUCAGUACAAAAAAUGCCUACUGAAAGAAAAAUUAACUUCUUAAGUAAAAAAGGAUUAACUGAUGUUGAGAUCCAGUAUUCAAUUCAGAGAGCAGCGAUGAUCUGUUAUGAUAAUCAAAGUCUUAAUAAACAAAAUCCACCAUCCGUUCAUAACAAUUCAUCAAAUGCUCCUAGUGCUAUACAAACGUCAUUUGAAUCGCAGAGCUGGUACAGUCGUCUUUUUGGACCAAUAGCUUUUGCUGCUGCUGUUGUAUACAUUGGCUAUAAGUUGUAUAAAAAAUACAUAGAAAGCUGGCUCUUUGGAGCUCAAAAAUCUCCAUUAGAAAAUCGUUUGGAAACCAUUGAGUUGUCAGUCCAAAGGUGUAUAAUUAUGUUAGAAGAAAAAGACAAUUUACUCAAAUCAUCAAAUACAUAUGCCGAUCGGCAAAAAGAAUUCAAUAAUCAAGUUCGUGCUGAACUAAAGUCUAUUAAAAGUUUACUCCUCAAUAGAUUCCAAUUUCCUCCAGCCCCUGCAUCUUCCAGUAUACCCGAAUGGCAACUAUUAAAAAAUACUAAAUCACAAGUAGAACAGCAAGAUAAGAUUAGCAACAGUGACAUACCAAAUUCAUCACAAACGAGUGAAAAGAAUAUACUUAAUGAGACUCAAAAAACCCCAGUAGUUGGUUUUCAAUUAAAUGGUCUUAUUGGUAGUGAUAAUGAAACAUCACUACCAACAAGCUCUAACCAAAAUCUAAUCGCACCUAAAGAUAUGGAUAAUGAAAAUGAUAGUGAACAUAUUCAGAAUAAUGAAGGUCUAAAUAAAUGA